AUGGAGUCGCCAAGCAACAACAACUGUCCUCCACGCUGUGCAAGGGGAUGCGGUUUCUAUGGAAAUUUUGCAACCAACAGUAUGUGUUCCAAGUGCUACCGUGAUUAUCAGAAAGAAGAAGAGCUUCUUGCCAAGUUUAUUGCAGCGCCAAGCGCGGUGGCUCCGGUGGAGAAAACCCUAGACGUCGAAUCUGUAUCUGCUAACGAGUCGCCGUCGUCGACUAGUGAUGAUCAGCCAUCUGGUGUGACAAAGAAAAGGAACUGUUGCCAGAAUGAGAGCUGCAAGAAGAAGCUUACACUGGUGCAAGUGAUGUCGGGAAAAUGCCGCUGUGGGGGAGUGUUUUGUGACAAGCAUAGGCUUCCUGAAGAGCACUCAUGUAGUGUGAAUUUCAAGGAGACUGGAAAAGAGGUUUUGGCCCAGCAGAACCCAGUUUGCGUUGCUGACAAGUUAGAGAAUAGGGUCUAG